AUGAGCAGCAAUCCUAGACAUUCAAUUCGAUGGCAGUGGAACGCUAGCAUUUUAUGCACUGAUGGGUUUCUUGACAUACAUCUUGAAGCCUUCUCAGCUUUGCUUGUAGGCAGACACUUCCUGGCUUCGUGGCUAGGGGAUGUGCAGCUGGAGCGACGGGAGGCUCGUUUCCGCAUUGGAGACUUUCAGUUCGACAUCGUGCUGCGGAGGUUGCCCAAACAACGUGGCUGGUUGCAAGUCAUGCCGUGGCGCAUUGAUGAGUUGUCUCUUGAGGAUAGUGCAAAGCGACUCGACAUCUUGACCCAGCUGAUCGAACAGGGCGAUGUUGAGAUUGGCAACUGGAGCUUGAGCGAAUCUUGGACUGAGCCGCCAUCGCCGUUGACGGAGGCGGAACUAGUGGACCUGAUGGACAGGAAUGGCAUCGGCACUGAUGCUUCCAUUCCACAGCACAUCCAGACAAUUCAGGACCGGGGCUAUGUGCAACUCUGUGAUGGCAGUGGCGAGCCCAUUGAGGUGAUGAAGGCCGGACCUUUCAACCGCAAGCGAGGGCGCCCAAGCCAGCGGCCAAAAGCGCCAGGGCGGUAUCUGGUUCCAACGGAGCGAGGAAUGGCUCUGGUUCGGGGCCUCAGCCACCUGGACACGUCGCUCUGCGAGCCAGAGGUUCGCGCUCUGAUUGAACGCGAAUGUGCCAUGGUUGCCCGAGCCGAGCUGCAACAGACAGAGGUGUUGAAGCGCAACAUUGGCCUGUUCCGGGGCAAGUUCCAGCACGUGGAGCGCUCAAUUGACGAGUUGAGUCCUCAGUUGCAGGUGGAGGCAUCAAAAGGCGCGAUGAUCGUCCUCCGAAAAAGCAAGCUGGAGCGGGCCGCAAAUGCUGACUAUGAUGACGAUCGCAGAAAAGACAAGAAGCGUCGCUCCAGGACACGGUCGCGCUCUGCGCGACGUGGUCGUUCGCGCAGUCGCAGUCGCGAGGCGCGGCGGCUUGAGAAGGAGCGCGAGAUGGAGGAAAAGCGCCGGCAAGAAGAGGAAGAGGAGCGAAGGCGCCAGAUUGAAGAUGCAACGCGCGGUGAUCGCACAGUCAUGAUAGUAUGCUUACACCAUAAGGCUGAUGAGCGCGAUGUUUAUGAGUUCUUCUCAAAGAAUGCUGGCAAGGUGCGAGACGUGCAGAUCAUCCGCGAUGCGCGUACAGGCCGCUCCAAGGGCCUCGCCUAUGUGGAGUUCUAUCUGCAGGAAGCCACGCUGAAAGCUUUGGCGCUCAGCGGGCAGCCAAUCAAGGGUCAGGCUGUACGCGUGCAGCCGUCCCAGGCUGAGAAGAAUCGGGCUGCUCAAGCAGCCAAGGCUUCCAUCCACUACACCGCGCCGCGUGAGACCCCUCUCCGUUUGUAUGUUGGUGGCCUUACGGACUCUCUGGCGAACAUUUCGGAGGAGGAGCUUAAGAAGCUGUUCUCGCCGUUUGGUGAGAUUGAGUUCAUUGAUUUGCACAGAGAUCCUUACACAAACAAGUGCAAGGGCUUCGCCUUCGUGCAGUUCAAGAACGCUUCAGAGGCUCGCGAAGCCAUGACGGCCAUGAACGGCUUCCAGCUGGCAGGAAAGGAGCUGAAGGUGGGUAUCGCAACUAGUGACAUGCAGCUUGGUGAAGGGGCCGGAGGUGCCAACAACCUGGCAAUUGGGGGUGAGAACCUCCACGAGGAUGCCAGUGCUAUGGGCCCGAAUGCUACUCAGCCUGGAAUGCUGAAGGAUGCCAAUGACAGAUUGGCUCUCAUGCAGAAGCUGCAGCGUGAUACCAUCCCAGGUUACGGUGGACCAGGAGUGCCGUCCAACAUUAUCGUGCUGCAUGGCAUGUUCAACCCGUCGCAAGUGAAUCUGGCAGCGGAUCCGGAGUUCUUCAACGAUAUCCAUGCAGACGUCGAGCAGGAGUGCAGGAAGUAUGGCUCCGUUGUGAAGGUAUUUGCAGAUCAAGGCAGCAGCAAGGGCGACGUGUGGGUCAAAUUCACGGAUGCCACCUCUGCCGCGAACUGCCAGCGAGCACUAGACAGGCGUUGGUUCGCAGGACAACAGAUCAUUGCAGAGUUCAGCACCGAAGCCGCCUGGGCAGGCGUUGUGCGGUGA